AUGGCUUCCAAAAAAGAUAAGAGCAGCGCGUCGACUAGCGAAGAUACCGGCGGUAGCGGAGAAAACACAGGGCCGAACUCAGAGGUGAGCCGAGUGUCUGUACGAGUGCCGCCCUUCUGGCCUGAAGAACCGGAGGUGUGGUUUGCGCAAGUCGAAGGCCAAUUUGCCCUCGCUGGCAUAAAUAGCGACAGCACCAUGUACCACACGGUGUCAUCACAGCUCAACCAGGAGUACGCUAGGGUGAUGAAAGACAUCCUAACUGCACCACCGCUUAUGGAUAAAUACAAAACGUUUAAAGAGCAGCUAAUCCGUCGGAUAACCGUGUCCAGAGAAAAAAAAACGCUACAGUUGCUGCAACACGAGGAGCUGGGAGAUAGAAAGCCGAGCCAAUUCCUACAACAUCUACAGUACUUGGCCGGACCGGACAUUCCGAGCGACUUUCUACGGACGGUGUGGACCAGUCGGUUACCUGUAAACAUACAGACUGUUGUAGCAUCACAACCAAAGCUGGACCUCGAAGGCGCAGCCGAGCUUGCCGACCGCAUCGUGGACAUAGUGCAGCCGUCAACACCAGUAAUAGCCAGUGCCGGAUCAAGGACUACUUCGACAAGUACCCCCAGUUCUACAUUAGAGUUACGCAUAGAAGCGCUGUCGAGGCAAGUAGAAGCACUUGUAAAUAUACAGAGCCGCCGUGGCAGACAGUAUGGAAGACGCGACACCCGUUCCAGGUCAAACUCGCGCCACAUACGCUCCAGGUCCAGAACUCAAACACGGCAACGACCAAACGACCAUCCACACUGCUGGUACCACUUUGAGUUUGGAGAUAAGGCAAAGAAGUGUAGACAGCCGUGCAGCUACGCCUCGGAAAACUCCAAGGGAAACCGCUAG